CCACCAGGGGGAGCAGAAGCAGAACCAGCUUCAGGUUGCCGUUAGUGCAAAGUCUUUCAAAUACCGUGUAGGGGGCAUCAUCUUCAACAAACCCCUUCAGCAAUACACAACAAUUCCCAGAAAAUAACACAGGAAGAAGAAGUUGAAGGGCCCUUCGUUAGAAUCUUUGAAAACCAAUGGCAGAGGCAGAGGCAGAGGCAGGAUCAGGGAAAGUGGGUGCUGGAGAGGAGGGGAUGUCAUUGAAGGAUAAGGGUAAUGAAUUCUUCAAAGCAGGGAACUACCUCAAAGCUGCUGCUCUCUACACUCAGGCCAUAAAGCAGGACCCUUCAAAUCCUACACUUUAUAGGUAAUUACCAAAUUUAAGGCUUCCCUUAUUGAAUUAUGAGUUCAUGUUUGAUGGGGUCGAUCAAAAUGCAAUCUUUAUGGUUUGGUUCAGGUGGGUUUUCUUCUUGUAUCUAUGUUUGGAAUUUUCUUUUAGCGUAUAGAAGUGUCUUCUGGUCCUCUGUCACCGGGUUUAAGUAUGCCAGAGUUUUGUGGGGGUGCUGGAAAGUUCUAAUUUUGAACUUCCAGCUGAUGACUUUUCAUAUGAUGCAUGAGUUGGCUACUUUGAUAUUGCUUGGGACCAUCAGUUCUUCUCUUCUGUUUUGUUAACUUGACCCAGGAUAUGUGUUUUGGUUGUAUUUAAUUAGCAAUCAUCAUCUGCUGGCUAGAAAAGGGAAGUUCACCUUUUGCCCUAGCUAGGUGGUAAGAAAUAUCAAUAGCAAAAUUUGGCCAAAAAAGGAUUGUGAAAUUUGUGAAAUUUGGAUUGCAAGGAAGAAGUUUGAGAAAAUGUUUAUAAGAAUAAAAUAUGUUAGAGUGACUUGAUCUAGAUCCAAUAGCGUUUGAAUAUGCUGAAUUAAUAACAGCACUACAGAUGUCUUACUUCUGUCUUCUGUGUGUUUAAACCAUCUCUAACUAUCAACAACUGAUUGGAUCAUUGAUGCCGUCCCAUGUUUGAUAACACUUGAAAUUAUGAAUAACAUGGUUUAUGAGAA